CCACGGCCGCGCGCACGUCACGGGAGACGAAAGGACGGCGUUGGAGCGCUGAGGAGAAGUCUCCGCGUUUACUCGGUGAGAAAGGUCGCACGGUGCCCUGUGGAGAAGGCCGGCCCUGGACGGCGGCGACGACGUGCAGCGGAGGAGAAGCAAGGGAUAAGGGGCGCAGCUUUGUGUUGUUCUUGGAAAAUUGCGCUCCAGUUGUGAAUACCUUGAACUUUGGAGUUUCUAGUCCAGUCCUCUUGAGCCUUCCUCAUUUUCUGCUUGCCCAGAUUAAGACUCAGUUGGCUCUUCAUCAUUUGACUUCUGUCUCUUCGAACAGUACUUCCCAAAUAUAUGCUUUGUUAAACCAGGCUUUGUUGAAAUUAAGUACUGCUCACACCAUGUUUAACCGUGGAGGCUUUCCUGGGCAGAUGCCGAUGGGCCAUAGUCCAAUGAAUCAACCUGCUAUGAGCCAUCCUGGAAUAACUAUGUCGGGUAUGAAUGUGUCUGGAAUGAAUAUGCCUGGUAUGGGUAUGACUCCGAUGAACCAACCAAAUAUGAAUCUUUCUGGUAUGAACCAUCCUGGCAUGAACCACCAACUUAUGGGCCAUUCUGGAAUGAAUCAUCCAAACAUUGGUCUUUCUGGCAUGAACCAACCCGGCAUCAAUCAGCCCAACAUGAAUAUGAACCAGCCCAAUAUGAACCAGCCCAGUAUGAACCAGCCCAACAUGAAUCUAAAUCCAAUGAACCAUCCAAACAUUAACCAGGGAAGUGGAAUGGGUUUUCUUCCAGAAAUGAAGAAUCAAGCAUUUGGCAUGAGGCCCAUGGACAAUCCUGGGUCCUUUGUUGGCGGAAAUGCAGACCCAAUGGGAAUGAAGGGGAUGCCGACCAGAUCACCUAUGCAGAUGUCUUCUAAUAGACACAUGGUUCCACAAGCUUUGCCCCAACGGUUUGCAAGCCCAAAUGUCCCUGUGCACCAAGGACAACCAAGAAUGCCAGCCCAGAGUCAAGAAAUUCCUACAAUUUUGAACAUGGUCUUGACACAUUCCUCAGAUCGCAUGGGUGGGAAUUCUAAAGCUCCUUUACAGAAUCCUGCACAUCGCAUGAAGAAAAAACGAUGGGAAGAGAACGUGAAUGUAUUUGGAAGUGUAGGUCAAGACAUGGGAAUGAAAUCCGUCCCAAGUGAUACUUCACUCGAAGCUUCAAAUGCCCCGACUCGCUACACAAAUGAAAGCGCCUCAAGUAUUUUAAAAAGCUUUGGCUUAUCCAAUGAAGACCUAGAAGAGCUUAGCCGCUAUCCUGACGAUCAGCUGACACCGUCGAACAUGCCGAGUAUCUUGAGAGACAUCAGAUUGCGUAAAAUGAAUCGAACAACAUCUGUGCCUGAUCAGGCUGCUGGAAGAAGACCUGGAAGUGAAGCUGUACCAAGUAAAGUUAUAGAUUAUGGACAUUUAAGCAAGUACCAGUUUAACAACCCUGCCACGCCUGCACAAACUUACAACUCGCCAAGAAAUGAGCAAAAAACGCCACCGGUUCCCAAAGAGACUGUGACAGUCGUCAAUACAAAUCCGGAGAGGACUCCCGAGACAGGAAUGGAUAACAAAAUCCCCACGAUAUCUGGAAGUCGCAAACCUAAUUGGUCAUCUUCAAAGCCUGAUAGAGCCAACAAAAACACUUUAGUUGGUAAAGGGGCUAAGGCACCUGUCAAUGUCUCAGUGCCCAUCAUUGCUAAGAAUCCUGUGAUUUCUAGUCAACCUGAUGCCUCUGCCAAACCUAAUGCUGUCACUCCGGUUCAAACUGAAUUGACGGCAGCAGUCCAGGUCGUACCAAGCGCAAGCCAAGUCACCUACCAGCAACCCACUGAAACGCCUGCAGCUGAAAAAAACAAGUGGCCGCCAGUCUCGUCUAAAGAAGAAGUUCAGAAAAUGAAGAUGCCAACUCCUUCAAUGAUGAACGAUUACUAUGCUGCUUCUCCUCGGAUCUUUCCUCAUAUCUGUUCUCUGUGUAACGUAGAGUGUAGACACCUGAAGGACUGGAUUAAACACCAGAAUAACUUGUCCCACAUUGAAAGCUGUCGGAAUCUACGUCAAAAGUAUCCUGACUGGAACCCUCAAGUCCUAGCUUCUGUAAGAAAUGAAAACAAAAAAGAUGAACCAACAUCACAUAAAUCGGAGUCUAAAAGUGUCAGCCCUCGGAGAUCUAGAAAGUCUGGGUCGAGGCACAAAUCGCGUUCACGCAGCCCAAGGUCCUCUGGGAGAAGGUCUCGUAGCCGGAGUCCACGUAGGUCUAGGCAUAGCCCAAGGAGGUCACGUAGUCCACGACCACGGUCUCCCAGGAGAUUCAAGCGUUCCUCUCAUAGUGAUUCUCCGGAUAAAAAGGCUGUGGAUGCAGCAGUUAAAAGUUUCAUAGAGGCCAUCAAACCAAAAGCUGUUGAGAAGUCUAAAUCUCUGAAAACAACAACUAGUGUCAAGAAGCCUUCCAAUUCUAAUGUCAGAAGUAAGAAGCCUGUCAGUCCUCUUCCAAAGAAACCCAGCACCUCUGCUUCUAAGGCCAGCAGUACGUCCAGUUCCAGCAGCUCCUCGAAGAAGCCCGCUAGUAGCAGCAAUAGCUCCAAUAAUAAACCCAGCAGCAAUAGUGCAGCACGAAAACCCAGCUCUGGCAGCGCCAGCAGCAAGCCUGUUGUAAGCACAGCGGCCAAAAAGACCACCCCAAGCACUUCCUCUGCAAAGAAGCCGCAGCCAAGCAAACCGCCAGCUGAUGAGCAGCCCCCCAGCUCACCUAUAUCUGAAGAGGCACAUAACCUCUCAAAUAAGUUUACAAGUAGAAACAACACUCGCAAAAUUGUUCAUGUCACCGACCUUCCAGAUAGCGGCUAUACAGAUCAAGACCUCUUGAAAAUAGUCCAGCCCUUCGGAAGAGUCUGCGAUAUCCUUAUCGUUCAGUCGAAAAAUGAGGCCUUCAUAGAAACCAACUUUAGAGAAGCAGCCACAGCGGUGAUCAAAUACAGUGAAACAACGCCCAUCAUGAUAAACAACAAGCGGGUCACCCUGUCAAUGCCCGGCCAGAGCAAAAAACCUGUGAUUGCGGAGAAGGUUGAACACAUGGAAGAAGAACCUGCUAAAGCUCCAGCAGAGACAGCUGCACCUGAGAAAGAAAAGGAAGACAAGAAGUCGCAAGAGACGUCCAAACAUGAUCUAGAGGUUCCUCCUGGUUUUGUCAAGAGCUACAUGCUGGACGAUCCACCACUGAAGCAAAACGAGAAAUGUGUUAUACUGAUAUCUAACCUACCCGAAGCCCAGUACACGGUGGACGAGAUUGCCAACUUGGCCAAACCGUUUGGCGGCGUGAAGGACAUUCUCUUAGUUGCCAACCACAGAAAGGCGUACCUGGAGCUGACCAAUAGGAGUUCUGUGGAUUCCAUGAUAAAGUUUUAUGGCGUUUUCCCAACUUACCUGAGUGGAAAUCUGUUGAGCAUAUGCGUCGCUCAGAGGUACAAGGACCUAAAAAAUGAGGACUUGAUAUUCGCAGAUCUCAUAGAACAAUCUUCUUACAAGAUUAUACCUACAAUUUAUGAAAAGUUUGUCCAUCUCACCGACCUCCCUGAAAAAGAUGUGGAGGACUUUGCGAUCAUUCGUAUUGGGCGUCGUUUUGGGAAAGUUGAGCACCAUGUGUAUUUCAGUAAUAAGAAGAAGGCAAUACUUCACUUGCAUAGUCCCAGCGCUGCCAAAGCAAUGUAUAGCUUUCUGACCCAGUAUCCGUGCAGUAUUGCGGACAACGUCGUACAGUGCUCUCUUCCUUCCAAGACUGAACUAGCAGAGGAUGAAUAUAUAAGCUAUAUUGAAGAGGACACACCAAGAACAAACAGCAACUUAGAGAAAGCUGCAUCAGAAGUUGCUGAAUCUAAAGAAUCUGACAAAAAGGAAGAGAAACCAUCACAGCCUAAAGAGGAGGUGUCUAAUGAACCUGACAAAAAGGAAGAGAAACCCUCACAGUCUAAAGAGAAGGGGUCUAAUGAACCUGACAAAAAGGAAGAUAAAUCCUCACAGCCUAAAGAGAAGGGGUCUAAUGAACCUGACAAAAAGGAAGAGAAACCCUCACAGCCUAAAGAGAAGGGAUCUAAAGAACCCAACAAAAAGGACGAGCAACCCUCACAGCCUAAAGAGAAGUGGUCUAAAGAACCCAACAAGAAGGACGAGAAACCCUCACAGCCUAAAGAUAAGUGGUCUAAAGAACCCAACAAGAAGGACGAGAAACCCUCACCGCAUAAAGAUAAGGGGUUCAAAGAACCCAACAAGAAGGAUGAUAAACCCUCACAGCCUAAAGGUAAAGGGUAUAAAGAACCCAACAAAAAGGACGAUAAACCCUCCCAGCCUAAAGGUAAGGAGUCUAAAGAACCCAACAAGAAGGACGAGAAACCCUCACAACAUAAAGAUAAGGGGUCUAAAGAACACAACAAGGACGAGAAAUUCUCACAAUCUAGAGAUAAGGGGUCUAAAGAACACAACAAGAAGGACGAUAAAUUCUCACAAUCUAAAGAUAAGGGGUCUAAAGAAUCCAGCAAGAAGGACGAGAAACCCUCACUGCCUAAAGAUAAAGUGUCUAAAGAACCCAACAAGCAAGAAGAAAAAUCCUUACAGCCUAAAGAUAAGGAGUCUCAGGCCAGACCUGUGCUUUCCUCUCCUGCCAUUCAGUCUGAAAUGGAUGUAGACACAGCAGAAUGCGAGGGGCCAUCAGAACCAACGCAGUCUGUGGAAUCUGAAAAAAUCUCUGGUCAAGCUGCAGCUGACCACCCAAGUGUUGAACUCGUACCUUCCCCCUGUAUGGCUGUGACAACAGAGGAUGAUAAUGAUGAUGAUAUUAAUGAUGAUGAUGAUGAAGAUGAUGAUGAAGAGGCAGCACAGGCGCCUGAGGCCCCUUUCACAUCUCAUGUAUGUAUACAGGCAGAACCAGAGGUACAGCAUCCAGAGCCUCAGCCAGUGUCUCAGCCUCAAGUGUUGGAUGAUUUGGAUAUUCUCGUAUCUGUAGAAUCGGAUGAAGAGGAAUCUGAAGGACAGCAUAACUUUAUCCUCAAUGCCGAGCAAGGUACACAGCCUCGGCCAGUCACCGAUAUGGCCAAGCUUCUUGAUACAAAAACCUCUGCAGACAAAGGGCCAAGUGGCAGCUCAGAGUCUGAAGGGAAAGAAGUCACUAAAGAUGCCCAGAACACUAUUGGCACUGCUGAUGAAGGCUCAAAUAAGGAGACAUCCAAACACAGCAUAGAGAAACAUGGGCACCAUGUACCAACAAAAGGCAGAGAUGAUUUGUUUGCAACUGAGGCAACUGAAACAUCAGAUGGAUCCAUUGUCAGGACCGCAAAAUAUUACGCCCAAAAGGGAGAGAUCUCCGUGACUGUCACAUUAGAGAACCAGAAGUCUAAUUCAAAAACUGAGUCCAGAAAGAGGACAUCAAGAGAAAGGGGAUCUUCCUCCCAUGAAAGCAGCACGCCAAGGUCAAGUAGCAACAGGUCGAGCCCUGCUGAUAGUGCCUAUAAGACGGCCUCCAGUUUUUCUCAGAAGAAAACCACUGGAAAAUACAGCUCUUCACAGCCGGAGAGAGACUCUAAGGAUACCAGGUCGCGGGAGAGAGAGGCACGAUCAAGUAGCAGAUGGAAUGAAAGAAUGAGAGGCAGUAGUUCACGUUACUCACGAAGCUCCAAGAGCAACAAUCGGAGUCCAAGAUCUAAAGAGGGAGAUGAAGAAACUUUCCCUUUCAACCUGGAUGAGUUUGUUACAGUUGAUGAGAUUGUAGAAGAGCAUGUAGACUCUGUGACCAGUGCAGAAGCUGAGGAGGAAAAGCCCGAUGCUGCCAGAAAGGGAAAAAGGAAAGAAAAUGACCCUCUUCCUUCAGAUACAAAAAAAUCCAGAGUGACGAGCACAGCGUCACACAAACGGUCCUUUGUAACUUUAGAUGAAGUUGGUGAUGAAGAAGAAAAUGCUAAUGUUAAAAAAGACCAGGCCGAUGAGUCUGCCAAACCCCUGGUGACAACAGAGGAGGGCCCUCCUGCCAGCGCGGAGCAGGUGCUGAUGACCCUGGAUGAGAUAAGUGAUGACGAGGAUGCCCAAAACUUUUCCACGGGGCAGCAGUCCUCAAAAGCGCCAGAGAUCUUAACUAAAGAUCAGCUGCUCACACUGGAUGAGGUCAACGAGGAGGAAGAGGAACACACAACACCUCCCAAGUCUCAAGAAGCGGUAGAGACCAAAUUACUGGAUGACAAGGAUACCAAGGAUAAUGGUAAAGAUCCAGAAGAUAAACACAAAACUGAUGUCCAGCAGGAUGCUCCUACCAAUGGAGACCACUCAGAGCAGGCCCUGUUGACUUUGGAUGAGGUGAAAGCAGAGGAUGAUGAAAUGUCUUUUGCAGAUAUCGAGCACCAGUUCCUGACAGUGGAUGAAAUUGGGGAAGAGGAGGAAGAGUCUGAGAGAAAAGCUGAACGUAAACCAUCAGAUACUAAGGAGUCCAGCAAAGCCGAACCUACAUCAACUGUGAAGAGGGGACGACCCCGGAAAAGACCACUCCCUCAAAGUGCUGAAGACAAUAAAGACUCAUCAGUGCUGGCUUCCCCUGAUACAAGUAAAGGAGAUGCAGCAGAGAAAUCCCCAGCAAAACGAAACCAGUCUCAAGGCAGCGAGGGAGAAGCUGACGGGGUACAGAGUAGCACAUCUGCGUCUCCAGAUAAUACAGAAUCAGCUGAUGGAAAGUCUGAUGCUGACACCCUGGCCAAGAAGGCAAAACUGGAAAUUCCACCGGGCGAAAAGACUAAACUGGCGCCCUUCAACUCCAACACCCCUGUCGGGCUGGAAUUUCUUGUACCGAAGACAGGAUAUUUCUGUGAAUUGUGUUCACUUUUUUACAUGGAUAAUUUAUCGAAGCUGAAGCACUGCAGGAGCCUGCGACAUUACCAAGCAGUUGAGAAACAUUUGGCCAAGUUGUAAGCCGCUUCCUAAAGGGAAAUCUUCCAGCACGUGAUGUCCAUCAUCGCUAGAGACUCUGACUCCUGAGGCCAGACUAUAGUUUUUGGGUCCAUUGUGUACAUUUUCUUAGGGCAGACGUUAAUGUUGUACUAUAAAGCACUCGCUAGACUUUUUUUUUUUUUUUUUUUUCCCCCUCUCUUUAAUUUUACCAGAGGAGCAUUCUGUAAAUCUCAUGCUAAAUUUAAGUUACUGUAUUAAUGUUGAGGAUAAAAAUGGGGGUUUAAAUUGAACUUGAUAUGGCGCCAUUACUGUGAUGUGAACUGUAUUAUUUUGGGUCAGGGCUGAUCCACUUUUCCCUACAUAAAAUGUUUGAGCUUUACACCACAAUCGCAUCCCCAGUGUCGUAAUCAAUUGUAUUGUGACAGAAAAUACUACAGAAUCUUUUCGUCUUUUAGUUUUUAAACAGAUUAAUUUUAUAUGAAGUCUGGUUUCAUCCCCCGUUACUAACCCUUGAUGGCGUAGACGAGGGCUUAAUCCACUGAUUCUUAGUUGCAGUUGAAUUAGGGACACUGUUUUCAUCAUUUUUUUUUUUUCUCGUUUCCCCCCCCCCCCCCCCAUUUUGUCA